CCAAUCAAAUAAGUGAAAAAUGUUAGUGGGAGGUUUAAAAAAGAAGAAAUGAGGAAUAUUAUAUGACUAACUACAGAACAUUUUCCUGACCAGAUUCCUCAACUCUCAUAUCUCACCAUAUAAUUAAUUAGGAAAGAGUCGAAUCAAAAUUGGCACGCUGUUCAAUUUCAAGUUGCAUACAAAGAAUAUAAUCUUCUUAAAAUAAUAACAUGGGUCUUCCUUCCGUAUAAUACAAGAGAGAAUCGAGAACGGGUUGCAGCAUCUGGUUCUUGAUGAAGUGAUAAUAAUUCAAAGACAUAUAUAUAAAUCUUAUCUUAGAUGAUUCUCCUUCCCUCAUUGUCUUGAGUUUGUCAAACAUGAUUUAGGUGCAGCUAAGCUCAGAUUCACACUCACUAUAUCAAUACGCAUUUAUCUGCUUGAAAAUUGUCAUGAAAAACACCAACUUGAGUAUCACUUAUCAGCACAACCAAGAUAAUGCAAUUGCUAAGUACACUAACACAAAACAAGAGCUGCUUAGUCUGGAAUUGAAGUCUAUUAUACCUGCUAAGGAUGGUGAUGAUGGAAAACACAAGGACAAAACAUUGAUAAACAACCUACCUCAGAACAUUUCAGGAAAUGGGAAUGGAUCAGUUUUCCUUAGUAUCUACAACUACAAUUUCAGCAUGCAUUAUCCUCCUACAUAUGGAACACAUGUCCCUUCCUAUUAUCCUCAGCUUCAGCCACCACCUCCAUUGAGGCUUCCUUCUGCAUUUAGUAACAAGAGGGCUGUGUUAUUUGGAAUCAGUUAUGCUAACACAGGGGCACCGAGGAAGCUUAGAGGCUCUGCGAAUAAUGCUCGGUGCAUGAAACACUUUCUGGUUGACAUGUUGGGUUUUCCUAGCAAUUCCAUUUGCAUGCUCACAGAUGACUCCGAGGAGAAAAACAUGAUUCCAACAAAAAGUAACAUGCGAAUGGCCAUGAGGUGGUUGGUUGAGGGCUGCAAACCAGGGGACUCGAUGGUGUUUUACUUCUGUGGACAUGGAUCAAGGGUUAAAGACCAUGGCAUGGAUGAGGUUGAUGGGUACGAUGAAGCGAUAUGCCCUGUUGAUUAUGAGCAUGAGGGGAUGAUACUCGACGAUGAAAUCAAUGCUACAAUUGUUAGGCCUCUACCACAUGGUGCUAAACUUCACGCCCUUGUUGAUGCAUCCUUUAGUGGAACAAUUUUUGACUUACCAUUUGUGUGCAAGAUGAACCGGAUGGGUUCUUUUGGAUGGAAAGAUCAUCGACACCGGAGAGCUGGCUACAAAGGCACAAAAGGAGGGCUAGUUGUUUGCAUUUCAGCCUGUGAUGACGAUGGAAAUGUUGCAAGGAAAUCGGCUUUGACUUACAGUUUCCUCCAAGUGAUGCAAGAUGUACCUAAAUUGACAUAUGGCCACUUGCUCAACACCGUGAUCUUUACAAACCAAUGGGCUAAAGCAGGAAAAAUUGAACUAAAAGGCCAAGAUCUUGCCAGAAACACUUGGCAACAGUAUGCUCAUGAGCCACAAUUGUCAUCUUCUGAGAAGUUUGAUAUUUCUUCCAAGUUGUUUCUAAUGUGACACAUAAAUAAAGGGUACCCUGAAAAAGACUAAUGUGUAGUUGGGAAUAAGGGGAGUACUUGUCUGUACUGAAUCAUUUGUUCCUAAACAUUGAUGCAAAUUAAGUCAUUCCCGACAAUAAACUACUCUCUCUUAUUUAUGUGUUUAUGAUUUAUUGAGGAGGUGAAUGAGUUAUGUAAAUUACACUGUUGAACUUUGGUUCUGUUCUUGUU